CUUCUUCUCUGCUGAAGAAACUAAAUUUCGCAGUGAAAUGGAGAAAGUGACGGAGAAUCCCAAUUCCGAGACGCAACCUUCUCCUCCUCCUCCGCCGAAUCAUCAAAUGGAUGCAGACGACGAUGACGAGAAUGUGAAACAGCUCAAGGAGUGUUCUUCUCUCUAUUUAUCUUUACAGGAUUGUCUUGUUGAUAGUAAUAGGGACUGGAAAUCUUGCCAAAAACGUACGUCACUCUCUCUAUCUCUAUCUCAAUUUGUAAAUUCUGAAAUCUGAGGGUUUUAGUUUAGAGCUCAGGGGUUUAGGGUUUGUACCUAAUCGAACGAAACUGGGAUUAUUGUUAAUAUGUGUGAGGAAUUGUUGGCUGAUUGAUAAAAGAACUGAUGGAUUCGGACAAAAUGUUGAUAAGAGUUUGUUGUUUGUUAUGUGUUACAAAGAUGUUCAAGCUUUGAAGGAAUGUCAUGAAAGGAGAAUGAAGAAAUGAUAGAGAUUAAGAAAAGCCAAUACUUGAUUAGUUACUGCUUAUAGAGGAACCAUAUAAGUAUGACAUUUUUGUCGUCUUGCAAAAUUGAUUAAUAAAACGGUGUCUUGUGAUUGUGUUCUUGUUGGGGGGAUUGCAAAAUUUACAAGCUUUCAUUCAAUGUAAUCUUGGUUUUAUUUUGUUGCUAUUUGAUUUUGGUUCAUUGCAUAGAAUCUUUCUCUUUACUCUUAAGACUUCUCUUUCUGACACUUAUUUCGGAUAAGACAAUAGUGAUGGUGUUUUGAGACAGUUUGAUUUGUUUUCUUCGUGGUAGAAUUUGGCUCUGCUUUAUAAUGAGAUCUUGAACGUUUGACUCCUUUGCGAAGAACCUUUGUACAUCACUCUUCCAGAAACUAUAUAAGAAGAGCAAAACAAGCUCGUUAAAAGAUUUGAUUUUUGAUUUAUUUACUUGGGAUGAACUGAGAUAAGUCAUGUUUUUGGCUAAGGUUUACUUUUUAGCCAAUUAUUCUCACGUGC